GGUCGUUCAAUAGAAGAAAAAGAAAUUCCCUCUACGUAACUGUGACUCUCCUCAUUGUGUCAGUAUUAAUUCUAACGGUGGGCCUAGCUGCUACAACAAGAACCCAAAAUGUGACUGUUGGAGGUUAUUACCCAGGGGUUAUUCUUGGUUUUGGGUCGUUUCUUGGAAUAAUUGGAUCAAACUUGAUAGAAAACAAAAGGCAAAUGCUGGUCGCAUCGAUCGUCUUCAUCAGCUUUGGUGUCAUUGCUGCCUUCUGCUGUGCCAUAGUAGACGGUGUGUUUGCUGCCAGACACAUAGACCUGCGGCCGCUGUACGCGGGGCGAUGCCAGUACUACUCCAAGAGCACGACCCCACCCGAGGCAGUCUGCCAUCCACAGCGCCGUGCACCCUGCACGCCGAAAAUAAAAACCAACACCUGCUUCUGCUGUGACCUGUACAACUGUGGAAACAGAGUGGAAAUUUCUGGAGGCUACUAUGAAUACAUUGAUGUCAGCAGCUGCCAAGACAUCAUCCACCUUUACCACUUGCUUUGGUCAGCAACGAUUCUGAACAUAGUGGGGCUGUUCCUGGGGAUCAUUACAGCAGCAAUACUUGGAGGCUUUAAAGACAUGACUCCUUCCCUCCCGACGCUGAACUGCACGGUUGAAAAUGCACACCCUUCAGUGUCCUACUACUCCAGGCCACAAGUGACAUCUUACAACACCUACUACCACAGCACUCCUCACCUGCCUCCCUACUCUGCAUACGACUUUCAGCAUUCCAGCGUGUUUCCAGCCUCCACUCCCUCUGGCCUCUCCGAUGACCCCCCGUCGAUGUCACCAUCUCCCAGCUAUAUGUGGUCCUCUAAUGCGCCGCCUCGUUACUCGCCACCCUAUUUUCCACCUUUUGAGAAGCCACCACCUUACACACCCUGAAGAAUGUGGGAAAGAAGAAAAAAAUACUUGCCGUUGAAAUAAUUGUGAAUAUUUUGUAUUUAUAUUUUACUGUGGGAGGGAGCAGGAGGAUAGAUCCUGAAGAGAACUGCAGACACAUAUAUUAGGUUGGACUGUUCUUUCUUGCGAGACUUAUUUCAGAGGUGUAACAACAGAGUGUGGGGAAGGGGGUGUACUCCUGAUGUUUUGCAGUGUUGGUGAGUAGUGGGAGUCCUAAAUUCCAGCCUCCUUGUUUUACCACAAGGUUCAUGUAGUCCUUGG